CAGCCAUCUUGGGUGAGUCGGAACCCCGGAGAGCUCGGCGGUCGGGGGCUCCGCCAAGAUGGAAGAGAGUCGACGAAAGCUGCUGCAAAAGCACCGACUGAAGAUAGUGAACAACCUGCAACCUGAACUCCUUUAUGGCCGACUGGUGUUGAAAAAUAUUUUCACUGAGGACAUGAUCGAGGAAAUCAAGAGCUCGGGGACACGCAGAGACCAAGCCCGUCAGUUGAUAAUUGAUCUGCAGAGUCGUGGGACAAGAGCAUUUCCAGCUUUUCUGGAGAGUCUGGAAGAAACCAAACAACAUAAUCUUGCUAAUUUACUGAAAGAGGGGCUUCUGAUGCAGCCUAGCUCUUCCAUCUCUGUUACACCAAUCAAAAUAGCUGAAGGACAUAAACCAGCACAGCAAGUGACCCAGACUCCUCUCCCAAUCCAGUGUUCAGAUAUUGAUUUCCUGGUUCCAGGAAAACCAACCAACAAAGGACAAAAGUAUGACACGGCUUACAAAAUGAAUGCCAGUCCUCGAGGGUAUUGUUUGAUCAUCAACAAUGUGGACUUCUAUCCAGACAGCAAUUUAAAAAGCCGCCUGGGCUCUGACGUUGAUUCUCAAAACGUUGAAAAUCUCUUUGAGAAAUUGUGCUUUAAGGUUAUUGUUAAAAAAAAUUUGACCAAACAAUGUAUGUUGAACGAACUGGAAAGCCUGGCGCGUAAGGACCAUACAAAUCUUGAUUGUUGUGUUGUAGUUAUUCUUUCACAUGGCAGUCAGGCUCAACAUAGACAAUUUCCAGGUGCAAUAUAUGGAGUGGAUGGAAGAUUGCCCGUGGCAGUUCAGCACAUCGUCAGCUUCUUUGAUGGCUCGCACAGUCCAACGUUGCGUGAAAAGCCCAAAAUAUUCUUCCUUCAAGCUUGUGGUGGAGAUCAGAAAGACAAAGGAUUCCACACAAUGGAGGAAGUCGAUAGUGCUCCUGAUAAAUUCUCUGAAGCUACCAGUCUACAGACAGAUGCUACCCCUUUUCAAGGAGGGGAUGAGCCCGAUGCAGUAUCAAGCUUACCAACUCCCAGUGAUAUCUUAGUUUCAUACUCCACAUUCCCAGGCUAUGUGUCCUGGCGAGAUAAAAGAGAGGGAUCCUGGUACAUUAAAACAUUAGUGCGUGUUUUCAAUGAAUAUGCUCAUUCAGAAGAUCUACAGACAUUACUAACAAGGGUGACAAGAUGUAUUUCAGAAAAUGAAGAAGCUAACGGCAUGUUUAAGCAGAUUCCUGGUUCUUUCAACUUUCUUCGGAAACAUCUUUACUUUUAACAAGGAGAAUCACUUACUUUUUAGGACUCACAAAGUCCUAAAAAUGCACAAAGUUGUCUGGAUGUAAAAAAUUUUGUAAUAUUUCAAACCCAUCUCAGGACCUUGGUUUUAAAGGAAUAUUCUGAGCUCUGAUUAACUGCUAUCUUGAUUAUAUAUUUGUAUUGCAGCAAAAUAAUUUUGUUAAGUUUUUUUUUCUUAAGAAAAUGGAGGAUGUUAGAUGCAAAUUAAUUAUUGAAUGUAUUUUAACAUGUAGAUGACAGUUAUUUUGAUGAUUUCUAUACAUACCAUCUUUAUUACAUUUGUAUUAAAAUAUUGCCAAAAGAAUCUUACAUUUUCAGAGAAGAUAAGUAAUUAAAUUUUCUUUUCAAACGUUUUAGCUGUUCAGUUGGUGGGGUCACAGAUCCUAUUCUUGAAAUUUAUUUGCAAUCGUUCAUAACAUAUUACUGAAAGAGUAGUGUUGAACAGAGUAAAAUAGAAUCAAAUAGUUUUUUUUUCUUUAAACAAAUAAGGACCACAGAAGAUUAGUGAACCCAUAAGCAAUUAUGGACAAUUUGUCCCACUGUACUGCUUGGUCAAAAUGUGAACUGAAACUUUAUAUAAUACUUUGCCUUUCUGUGCCCUAAUCAAGAUGUGAGAAAUGGGAGUUUACUGGUGUUAACUAGGGUAGUAGUAAUGAUGGUCUCAGUCUCUUGAUGUUUGGAGAUAAAAGCUGGGUGAUGGAUCAUGGAUGCUGCCCAUAAACCUUGCCAGAACUUUGAUGAAGGUGGGAUGGAGUCCAGCUGUGAUAUUCCAUUAUUUGAACAGUAAGGCAUGAAAUAAAUAAACUAAAAAUGAGCAGAGCAUAAUUACCACCUAAUGAAACACUUUCUAUUAAUGUCUCAGAAGGAAGAGGUAAAGGGUUCAAUAAAAACAACGUGGAGGAGUUUGCAUCAGCACACAAUACCUAUAACUUCACACCACGCGGGUACAAAAGAAACAGACUAUUUUCAUGUGAAGGGAAAAUUGCACAUAUUUAUACCAGUAGUGACAUUCCCUCAAAUAACUUGUGGUAAAGUUUGCAGUUUCUAUGCUUCCUUCACUUCAUAAAGGACUCACAAAAGAUAUCCCUAUAGUCAAGAGCUCAUUCCACUAUUUUUUUUGUUUCACAUUUGUUGUGGAUUGGUUUUUUAAAAUGUUGUUAUUAAUAUAUCUUGUCUAAACAUUGUGGUAAAAUAAAUUUUAUUAUGAAUUUCAA